AUGGAGUUCGACUAUGAGGCCCUGAGGCGGCUGCUGGGCAAGUACAAGUUCAGGGAUCUGACGGUAGAAGAGCUGAAGAAUGUGAACAUGUUUUUCCCGCACUUCAGAUAUUCCAUGGACACCUACAUUUUCAAAGAUACUUCCCAAAAAGACCUGCUGAUCUUUGCUGGUACUAUUCCUGUGAUGUAUCAGGGUAAUACGUACAACAUACCCAUUCGCUUCUGGAUUUUGGAUUCUCACCCUUUUACUCCACCCAUUUGCUUCUUGAAGCCAACUGCAAACAUGGAAAUCUCAGUUGGAAAACAUGUGGAUGCCAAAGGCAGAAUAUACUUGCCCUAUCUCCAAAACUGGAGCCAUCCUAAGUCUGUCAUUGUUGGAUUAAUUAAAGAAAUGAUUGCCAAGUUUCAAGAGGAACUUCCUCUCUAUUCGGUGCCAUCAUCCAACGAAGCGCAGCAGGUCGACUUGCUAGCCUAUAUUGCAAAAAUCACUGAAGGUAUCUCAGACAUAAAUUCAAGGGGCUGGACAAAUCAUGAGACUAAAAUAUCGAAUAAAAUCACUGUGGUCAGAAGUGGAGAUUUGGGUAUUGCCUGCACAAUGGCAAUUUCAGCAAAGGGCAUUGCAGACAAGCUGCUCCUUUUAGACCUCUCCAAUGGGACUAACCAAGAAACAAUGGACCUUGAUAUCUUCAACCUGCCUAAUGUAGAGAUCAGCAAAGAUUUGUCUGCCUCUGCUCAUUCCAAGGUGGUGAUCUUCACCGCCAACUCUUUGGGUGGUUCUGACUCCUACCUUCAUGCCGUGCAAAGCAAUGUAAACAUGUUCAGAGCUCUUGUCCCGGCUCUGGGACAUUACAGUCAACAUGCAGUCUUGCUUGUUGCAUCUCAACCAGUGGAAAUCAUGAGCUAUGUGACAUGGAAACUGAGCACAUUUCCCGCAAAUAGAGUGAUUGGGAUUGGAUGCAAUCUGGACUCACAGAGAUUACAAUACAUUAUUACCAAUGUUUUGAAGGCACAGACUCCAGGCAAAGAAGUAUGGGUUAUUGGUGAACAGGAAGAAAACAAAGUGUGCUCAUGGAGUGGCCGAGACGGGGUAAUGAGUCAUAGCUCUCUUGCACAGCUGUCCAGCAGAGCCAUGGAACUGUUGAGGGUAAAAGGUCAGAGAUCUUGGUCUAUUGGCCUGUCUGUGGCUGACCUGGUGGACACUAUUGUAAACAAUAAAAAGAAGGUGCAUUCUGUAUCAACUCUAGCAAAGGGAUGUUAUGGUUUAGAUAAUGAAGUGUUCUUAAGUUUGCCAUGCAUCCUGGGAACCAGUGGAGUAUCCAAAGUCAUCAAAACCACUGCAGGAGAAAACACAAUAACUGAGAUACUCCAAAACAGUGGAUCUUCAAUCCACAGUCUUCAGCAACAGCUGAAACUCUGAUGCCCGAGUGCAGUCACCUGACGGGGGAAGCUUAUUUAAUUUUGCCAGCACACACAGUUUUGGCAACUUCCACAACUUGGUAUUUCACAAACAGCCUUUAUAGUAGGCGACGUCUUAGUUAGCUUUAUAAUUUGAAUCCUUGAGAAGUUAGAG